UGACGUCGGGGGCAUGGCGGCGGUCGCGGAGGCCCUGGAACCGUGGAGCACCGUGGCUCCGCGGAGGAAGCGCGCCGCGGGGAGGCGGCCGCGGCGGGACGGUGGUCAGGCCCGCGGGCCCCAGGCCGAGCCGGAGGCGGACAGCGAGGCGGUGCUGCGCCGCCUGCGGGAGGCCGAGGAGGACCUUCGCAUCUCUGAUUUCUGCCAUUCAGCUCUGGAAACCAUCACCCAGUGUCUCAGGAAACAGCUGGAGCAACUGCAGGCCCUAGCAGAAGCCCUGGGAAGGCUGCAGCUUGACUUAUCACCUGGUGGGUCGGGGGAGCCCUUGCCCAUGAGCGCCUUUCCUGUGAAAUGCGUGUGCUACGGCCUCGGGAACUUCGCCUCCUGUGUGACUGCUCGUACCCAGCUCGCUUUUAUGCUGCUCUUUCUGGAGACGUGCCAGAUCCCCAGAAGCCACUGCUGGGUCUAUGACCCUCUGUUCAGCCAGACUGAGGUUUCGGUGCUCACCUCCCUUGGUGUGACUGUCCUGAGUGAGAACGAGGAGGGCAAGCGCAGCGUCCACGGCCAGCCCACUGCCUUCUACAUGCCACACUGUGGUACAGCGCUGUACAACAAUCUACUCUGGAGCAACUGGUCCGCAGAUGCCCUUUCCAGGGUGGUCAUCAUUGGGAACAGUUUCCGGGGCCUGCAGGAGAGGUUGUUGACGAGGAUCCUGAAAGAAAAUUAUCCCUACGUUGCAAAGAUUCUGCAAGGCCUGGAGGAGCUCCCACUGCCUCAGACUCCCCGGUACACUGACGCUUUUAACGACACAUCUGUCCACUGGUUCCCCCUCCUGAGGCUGGAGGCACUGCCUAGGGAGCUGUGGGCAUCUCGGGAAGAGCCCGACUACCAGAACUGUGAGGACCUGGAGAUGAUCAGGAAGCCUACACACUGUGCUGGGCAGGUGUAG